AUGGAGAAAUGGGUAAUGGAUGAGCACCCGAGAAGACCAGUGAACAAGCAGAUCUUCUAUGAUCUCGAGUUAAAGAUCCUGCAGCUUGUACAGCUACCAGCUCCGGUAUCUGGUUCUUCAUGGGAUCUGUAUAGUAAUGUGGCUUUUCUGUUGGAUGCUAUGGAUGACUCGACACUAGGAAAGGAGAUUCAAAACUCUUUACCUUGGGUGCUGUGGCAUAUUUGGAAGAACAGGAACUCUAUUCUCUUUGCCAAUCAGCAAGAAGCCACAGUGGUGAUUGUGCAUCGAUCACAAGAGGAAGCGGACCUAUGGAAUAAACUGAAUGCUCCCAUAGAAACAGAGGAUCGUAACAGGAAUUUAACUGGUCUUGUCGAUUCUUUGUGGCAUCCUCCUUUGGUGGGUAUUGCCAAAUGUAACAUGAAUGCCAAUUAG